UUUAGAAUUUGAUGGUAAAUUUUGAAAACAUUGGUGCAUAAUUUAAGGAAAAAGUUACAACCAGCGGGUAGCUUGUCGAGUUUCAGGGAUUCGUCGAAGGGAAAAUUUUGGAAACGUCAGUAAGUAAAAUCCAUGGUUGGAAAUUUACUCUAUGUUGCUGUUGAUUUGUGAUGGACAUUGUUAAGUGCCGAGUACCACAAGCUUUAGCAACGUAAAGCUUUAGACUCUGAUACGAUUUUAGGUCUGUGGAGACGUAUUUACAGGACCGACGGCGAGUCAUGCGCGGUUUCUGGGAGUGAACUAUCACUCUUGUGAACUCAUUUUUUCUCUUUCUUUUCUCUUUAGUCAGUCUCCCGUGCAGUACAACGUCGAGGAAUGGGCACAAGAUCAAGUACACAAAACCAGUACAGCACCAAAUGGUGCUUUCUUCCAUCAUCAUGUCUGCAGAAGCUUACCAUUAAAUCGCUGUCGCGGUAGCAAAAGUUAAGGCCACACUUGAAUUCCGCUGCAGCACUUCCACGGAACUUUUUCUGCCCUGUAAGUUAGGUUAGUCCCAAAAGUAAUGUACCCACAGCAUCAAUUUUUUGGGGCCAACCUAAAUGUCAGAGCCUUUUCGCAUGUCUUCUCUUCCUUGCAUACUUAACCUUUGUUUGGACGUUUCAAAGCGGAAUCCGUGCGAUGUCUCGAAGGAUUCUUCGCAUUGAAAGAAUGAUACUAUCCUGAAGAUCUACGAACAAGGGUACUUCCGGAGGAGUCAUGAAAGGGGGAGUCCUGCGAGCGUACUCCAAGUAGCUUGAGCUUCAAGGACCGAGCUCCGCAAAGUACGACGCUUCUAGGCCUAGCCCAACCAAAGUCAGUGCUGCCGGUCAAUAGCCACAACCGACCCAGUCCAUCGCCGUGGUUGAAAAAUUCUCGCCCGCCCUAUUUAGAGAUGUAACAACAAGGCAAGCUUAUCGAAGUCCUUCAAACUGGUGUGAAAGCGAGUUGAUGACUUGCGCACCGACAAAACUGCUGACCGCAUUCACUCAUAUUUUUACUCAAGGCAUUAAAAAUGUUCCAUAUCGUGUCACACAAGGUACCCAGUGAUUGAAGCCAUCUCGGAAGGUACUUAACCCAAACUUUGGACCUUGCCUGAAGUUUCUUUGCAGGCUGUGGAGUAUUGAAGCUGGGUGUGGUUUCAAGUUGAGGGUAUACUUUCGGUUGAUGAGGUGGUUUCCGAUUAUAAUCGAGGAUAUUUUACACUAACACUCCAAGCUUUGUGGAUUGGGCUCCAAUCAUGGAUCUAUUGGGGUGAGUUUGAGUAGUGGACAGGCACAUGUUACUACAGACUUAAACUACCGCACAAGAAAACACUUGAGUAUGCCUAGGUUUGACAGGGGUGCAUCUCUUAAGGAAAAAUAGGGCGUCUGGAAUUAGUAACUCGAGAGUAUGAAGGUAGCGCCAGAAAUUGUGACAGCAGCAGACCAUCGAAGCACGAACAGCGGUCGACUGCCCUCGCAAACCCUGGCGCUAGUCCGAGAGGGUUCUUUUAUGAAAUGCAGGGGGAAGACGCGACAGAUGAACGAGGAUGUUGGUCCGCGAGUACUGGGUCUCCGGUAAGAAGGUGCACUUCUGUCGACAAUAGCAUGCCAGAAUGCUCAAGGGUGGUUGAAAGCCCCGUCAAGAGCACUGCCACAUGCAUGAGUGCUCCAUCAGCUUUGCAGUGUUCGAAUACUAGUAGCGACGGCAAAACACGCCGAUAUGUCCGCUCUAAUGUGCCUCGCUUGAAUUGGACCGAUGAUCUCCGUCGUUGCUUCAUACGCGCCAUUGAAGAGCUUGGUGGCCCUCAAAAAGCCACACCGAAGGCCAUACUGCACACGAUGAAUGUCAGCGGCCUUAAGAUCGCACAUAUCAAGAGUCAUCUUCAGAUGUACAGGAAUCCCAGAAGCGCAAAAGAUUCCAGCCCCCGAUUUGAUUUAUUUAGAUCAAAUCUGCAAAUGCAAACCACGAGUAGAGAUUCCAACUGUGAAGUGGAAGGUCCAUGGAAAUCGUGGGAGAGGGAAGCUGCAACUGUUGAGACCUCGUAUGCCAAGGACUACUAUGCAGAAAGUUUCACUUUGGGCGUAUCGACGCCUGUACAGCUCAAUCAUACAGGCCAAUGUGGAGGUAAUUUUGCUUCAUUAUCACCAUCUCAGAGAAAUGAUGUUUCAAUCAAACCUGCUGACGCCAGACCUGCAUCAGCGUCCACAAUAUCAGCACACCCAAAUACUUAUGACCUACUUGAGAUGCGGAUUGACGGUGAUAAUGAGCAACUGGCAAGCGAGCUGAUGUUGGCCACACGCCAGCGAAGCCAGGUUGAAAUUAGUGCAGCGUGGAAUGAGCAGCCGCGCGUGCAGAGUCGUGACAGCCGAAAUGAUUUGACGUUAUCGAAUGCUCCGCUGGAAUUAACUAUGUCUCUGCAGCCACCACAGCCGCAUCCUGACCCAUACGUGAGGUCAGAAAUUUUGACCCUGGAUCUCACGCAACAGUUGAACCGACCACGCUUAGAGCCGCCCCGAUAAGCUUUUGAAUUUGAAGUAGUGACAGGUCCAAAUUUGUCGCGAGAAAUAUAUGGCCACUUGACUCUGUGAUUAGUGUAGUUGAAGUAGUGCCAAAACAUAAUAAAGCAUGAACCAUAGUAGUAGCAGAAUUGGCGGUGUGCUGCUUGUGAGUUCACAUUACUUCCACUUGGUUAAUUUCCAUCCUUAGAGUACCCAUUAUUAUCAGAAACAUUUGAUAUAUAGAAUCGAUGUGCAGGUUGGAUGAGACUCAAUUGUAAUUUCUAAUUCACAAUGAAAAUGCAUAUAUUUCUAUA